UUUAACGGUGACACACAAAGCUCUAGCGUUUCCGGCCAGCUCAGCGUAUCAGCCCUGUGGUGUUGUCAGUGUACAGCCUGUCAAACCCUGAACCACUUCACCUGAGCCACUUCCCCUGAACAGUUCCUGGGCCGCGGACCAACAGCUGGAUAUCGCGGAGAGAUGGUGCUGCUGACGAUGAUCGCUCGGCUGGCUGACGGGCUUCCGUUGGCCGCCUCGAUGCAGGAGGACGAGCAGUUGGGUCGGGACAUUCAGCAGUAUCAGAGUCAAGCUAAGCAGCUGUUCAGGAAGCUCAACGAUCAGAGUCCCACACGCUGCACUUUAGAGGCUGGUUCCAUGGCAUUUCACUAUUUUAUAGAGAAAGGAGUGUGCUACCUUGUGCUGUGUGAAGCCAGCUUUCCUAAGAAGCUGGCCUUUGCGUACCUAGAAGACCUGCAGGCAGAGUUUCACGAGCAGCAUGGAAAGAGGGUCCCCACAGUAUCCCGGCCCUACUCCUUCAUUGAAUUUGACACCUACAUCCAAAAAACCAAGAAGUCUUACAUUGACAGCCGAGCGAGAAGGAAUCUGGGCAGCAUUAACACAGAGCUCCAGGACGUACAGAGGAUCAUGGUGGCUAACAUAGAGGAGGUGCUGCAGAGAGGAGAGGCUCUCUCUGCACUAGACUCCAAGGCCAGCAACUUGUCCAGCCUGUCGAAGAAGUACAGGAGUGACGCCAAGUAUCUGAAUACCCGCUCCACCUAUGCCAAGCUGGCAGCCGGCGGUGUCUUUUUCAUCAUGCUCAUUGUCUAUGUACGCUUCUGGUGGCUCUGAAAGCGAGAAAAGAGAAGAAGAGGAAGGAGGUAUUGAAGUGGAAAAUGAGCUGCACAGAGUCUGCUGACACUAAGAAAAGCUGUCACCUUCGACUAAAAAAAGGAUCCCUGCUCUUAAUAAGACUUUGCAGACAUACCACCGCCCAUUUUGUUCUCGCCUGUCCAUGGAUGUGUGAUCUGAAUAUAAAUGAUGUCAUAAUACAUAGUUUUAUUAUUAACAGUUAUACAGUAAUGCGCUAGUAGUUGCCCUGGAGAUAGGUUAAGAGGAAAUGAGAAACGUGAAAUGUGUGAAUGUGUGUGUGUCUGUGUGUGUGGGGGGGCGGUUGUUUGGUUUUUGAAGGUGAUUGUUGGUGAUUGGUUUUGAAGUGCGGAGGAAAAAUGAAGAGAAAAAGACAUUUCCUGUUUCGUUUGUUUCCAAAGCUGUACUGUACUGUAACAGGACUGAUUUAAUCUUGUAUACUGUCCAAUAAUACAGAAAAGAGCAAAAAAAAAAAAAAACAUAACUUUAUUUAUCCUGAGCACAUCAUGUGGGUAUCUACAUUCAUUAACAUUAUAAUCAUAGUAGUGAUUGCUUGGUGGGCCUGGAGAACAUACAGUGUGUACUACAGCUACACAUAUUUGGAAAGCAUGGCAUUCAUCCUUAGGUAGUUGAAUGGGCUCAGCAACAACAGGUAAAGUAAUUUAAGUAGACUUUUUUUUUAAAUAUUGUAUGGAAGCCUUGCAAAAUGCUAUUUCACCUGUGUCUGAUUUUCAUUUUAUUGCCAUUAUGGGAUCUCAACGACCCUACAAGGGACUGUACAAAAAUUAUUAGGGGGGAAAGGCUCGUCAGAAGAAGGGGAGGGGGAUGUAUUUUCUGUUUUUACUAAAGGGAAUCGUAGUCUGACUCUUUGGGGAAAACCCUAAAUUUAUAUUUCAUUAUAUUCCGUCAGAAAAAAUCAGUUUAGGACAACAAUUCUGUCACGGUUAUAUUUUAUAUUUUUUUCACCACAGUCAAGAAGCUAAGAGGACCAACAUGUUAAAUAUCAGAAACACAGAGAAUUGAUAUUUAGGAAUGAGGCUAAAAGUGAUUGCAGUUGUUCCUGCCCUUCACUUUAGUCUUUAUCAUAACGAAAUGUUUUUAAAAAUUGAAAUAUGUCCUGUUAAGUCGGUCUGUGUUAUAAUUCAAGUUUAUCCUUUUAGUUUGUUUGUUUCUCUUUAUUCUAAAAUGGAAAGUGGCUGGAAUAUUUACAAUAGUAUGUAAUUUGGAAAUUGCUAUUUCCACCUCUAGUGUCUAUUAGUUACUAUUGUGAAAAUUAUUAUUUUAAGAAUGUAUUAUGGUUUAUAUUAGAUUACAAAUCUAAAUCUCCUCUUCCAUGAGGAGGACACAGAAGAUAUUAAUAUUACUGGGGAGGGCCUUUCUUUUUAAGGAAGUUAAAUAUAAGAUUUAACCCUCCUCCCUACGUAUACUUUUUUUGCAGUCCCUAACUUGACCUCAACAGAGUGUGUCCACGUUCCCUUUAUGCUCUCUUCUGACUGUGGACCAGCACCAUUCUGUUAGCAAGCAUUAAAAAAAA